CACUCGGACCUGGAAUCCUUCCUCUCCGACGCCAAGCGGCGCGGCCUGGACGAGAAAUCAACCCUCUUCACGGGCACCCGGUACGAAUACCUCGUGGCGGCCCGGCUGGCGCGCUACGGCUUCGCGUUGACGCGCGUCGGGGGAGCGUCUGACUUUGGCAUCGACCUCAUCGGCGACUGGACGAUUCCCUCCUCCACUCCCUCAUCACCUUCUUCUUCUUCUUCACCAGCUAGGACCAUCAAGGUUCUGAUACAAUGCAAAGGCGGCGAAAACCAAAGAAUCGGCCCGCACCUCAUCCGCGAGCUCGAGGGUUCCUUUGCCGGAGCGCCGCCCGGGUGGCGCGGGGGCCGGGUGCUGGGAUUGCUGGUGGGGGGGAAGGCGGCGACGAGGGGCGUGAGGGAGGCGCUUGGGCGGGCGGACGUGGCGAUGGGCUAUGUCUGGUGCGAAGGAGGAGGAGGAACAGGAGGACUGGUGAGGCAGAUGCUGUGGAAUCAGAGGGCGGAGGAGCUUGGGCUGGAGGGGGUCGGGGUGGGCGUGAGG